GCGUGCGUGUGUGCAUCAGAUCAUCACCACCACCAUCAUCAUCAUCACCAUCAUCACCAUCACCACCAUCAUCAUCAUCAUACCACGCAGCACACUCGGACCGAGCGCUAUUAAUGCAUUGUGCUCAGCCACAGGACAACACACACACACAACAACACAACAACACAACAACAAACACACACACGCACGCGCGUGCACACACACACACGCACGCGCGCGCGCGCAGGCGACGCUGUUUGUUGUUGACUGUUGCACUUCUUAAGUGCAACAGUUAACAACAACAACAACCACAACCACUCUGACACAUGCGGGCAGACAGUGGUGGUGUUGGUGGUGGUGGUGUGUGCCGAGUGUUGCCACAGCUGUGAGCCAAGCGAUCAAUUGGCUCCCUCCACACUCACACACAUCCCAUUCAUCCCACACCACACAUCCCACACCACACAUCCCACACCACACAUCCCACACCACACAUCCCACACCACACAUCCCACACAUCCCAACGCAUCCCACGGCUCCCAACACAGGCGUGCCACCGGGACACCCCAAGCCUGCAUCCGAGAAGAGACACGGAGCAGAGCAAAAUGGCUUCGAAGUCAACUUGGAGUGAUGCCUCCUUUGUCGAAAGUGGCGUCAGCGGCCGAAACAACAGCACCAGUAGCAGCACCAGUAGCACCAGUAGCGAUGGAUCUGGCUCAGAGUUGCCACUCGUGUCAAUCAAAUCCGUAGCUUGCACCACCACCACGGCCACCACCACCACCACCAAGAGGCUGGUGGUGGUCGCUCUGACCCUCGUGCUGCUGCAACUGCUCGCGACCGCCAGUUUCGUUGGCUACUUCACGCUCUCCCUGCAGAAGGUGCGUCAGGAAUCCGCGACGAAGCUGCAAAAAUGCCUCUCGUUGACCGACAGCGACGACCUCUUGUGCCAAGAAUUCCUCUAUUACAUGGACAAUCAUAUCGCAAAGAAAUCAAGAGAAAUCAUGUCAAGCCAACUUGGUGACCCGAUUGCAGCUUCGUCGUCGAAUCCUGCGUCCCCAUUGGGCGGUUUGGGUCACACGGCCUCCAGAAAACGGCCGAUCGCUCACGUGACGGGCAAGCAACCGCGGGAUGCCACCGUUACGCAACUUCGUGAAGGCGAACACCUGCAGAAGCUGCUGGGUGCUCAGAGCGGCAAGGUGCUGUACAGCUGGGAGGAGAAGCUGGGCUCGGUCCACGUGCAGCACAUGGACUUCACAGGCGCGACGCUCACGGCCCGGCAGCACGGCUCCUACUACGUCUAUGCACAGACCUACUUCCGCUUCAGCACGCGGCAAGGGGACUCGCACAGGGGCCAUCACGAGGCCUCCGGUCCCGCAUCCGAUUUGUCGGCCCGCCAGCGGCAGGUCCAGACGAUGGUGCUCUACCUCUACAAGCGCACAGACCACUACCCCAAGCCCCUGCUGCUCGCCAAAGCGGCACAGACCAAGUGCUGGUCGGCCUCCGCCCAGUACGGCCUCCACUCUGUGCAACUGGGAGGCGUGUUCUCGCUGCGCCGAGGCGACCAGCUCUUCAUCGCCGUGUCCGACCCGACGCUCGUCGACUUCGACCCGGAGGCCAGCUUCUUCGGAUCCUUCCUCCUCGAGUGACGCGAAGCGGCGGCAAAGAAAUGAGUUCGAGGCUGAGCCUAAGCGGGCGCUGUGGUGGUGGUCUCGUUGGGUCUGGUGGUUGGUGGUGGUUGGUGGUGGUGGUGGUGAGGUGGUAGGAGGAAGAGGAGAUGGCACCUUGAGAAAUCUAAAAACCACCGCCCUCCCCGCCGCCCGCCGCCCGCCGCCCGCAAGUUUCCCAUCUUCUGGUGUGAGAGACUCGGUGAUGUGGGGUGGAGUGGAGUGGUGUGGGGUGGAGUGGGGUGGUGUGGGGUGAGAGUAGGAGGAAAAGGUGGCACCUUGACUAAGCCAAAACGGCCACACCAUCCCCUCCCCGCCGCCCAACCAGGUUACCCAUCUUCUGGUGGUAGAGGCCCUUCGGGGUGGAGUGGAGUGGGAGGAGGAGGAAGAUGCGGCACCUUGAGAAAGCCAAAAACCGCCACAUCCUGCCCUGCCCUGCCCUGUCCUCCCCGCCGCCCAGAGGUUUCCCAACUUGUGGUGGAAGAGCCCCUUCUGGGUGGAGUGGAGUGGAGUGGGAGGAGGAGGAGGAAGAUGCGGUACCUUGAGAAAGCCAAAAACCACCACAUCCUGCCCUGCCCUGUCCUCCCAGCCGCCCGCCACCCAGAGGCUUCCCAACUUGUGGUGGAAGAGGCCCUUCUGGGUGGGGUGGAGUGGAGUGGAGUGGGAGGAGGAGGAAUAGGCGGCACCUUGAGAAAGCCAAAAACCACCACAUCCUGCCCUGCCCUGUCCUCCCCGCCACCCAGAGGUUUCCCAACUUCUGGUGGAAGAGGCCCUUCUGGGCGGGGUGGAGUGGAAGGGAGGAGGAGGAAGAUGCGGUACCUUGAGAAAGCCACCAAUAUCUUCACACUCCCUCCUCUCCCCUCGCAUCCGCCCACCAGAUUUCCCAACUUCUGUUGGAAGAGGCCACGUCAUGUUCCGUUGCCAGUAGGCGUCGUCAAUCGACCAAUCGGGGCGGUGUCGCGAUCGAUCGAUCGAUCUGUCGAUGGUGGAGGGUGUCGCGAUCGAUCCAUCGAUGGUGGAGGGUGUUGUGAUCGAUCGAUGGUGGGUUGGUGUCGCGAUAGAUCGAUGGGGGUGUAGCGAGCGAUUGAUCAAUGGGGUUGUCGCGUUUUGAAAGAUCCGGCCCUGCGUCCGAGGGCAGCAGCUGCUGCAUCUUCCCAUGCAGGUUUUUGGGAGGUACUCUGGGGUGUGGUGUGUGGUGUGGUGUGGAUAUGCUGUGUGGUGUGGGUAUGGUGUCGUGUGUGGUGUGGUGUGGGUAUGGUGUGGUGUGUGGUGUGGAUGUGGUGUGGGUCUGAUGUGGGUGUGGUGUGGUGUGUGGUGUGGGUGUGGUGGUGUGGAUAUGGUGUGGGUGAGAUGUGGGUUGGUGUGGUGUGGGUCUGAUGUGGGUGUGGUUUGGGUGAGAUGUGAGUUGGUGUGGUGUGGUGUCGGUGUGGUGGUGUGGGUAUGGUGUGGCUGUGGUGCCACACCAGGGCGCUACCAUCAGAAUGGUAGGGGGUCUGCGUGGGGCGGGGGGGGGGCAGCCCCCCUUUUCCCUCCCCCCUCACCCCCCGGCCUUUCUCUCCGCAAUGACGUUGACUCUGAACGAUCGCUCCGUUUGCGCCGACCCAAUGUUAUCCGAUUACUUUGACUCAAUAUUUUAUAUUAUCUCCUCCUACCCCCUCCCCCACCACGCUUAACACUAACCGAUCUUUUUUGCACUUUAACAAAAACCGAACACAGACAGACAAAGAGGCUCUAACGUUUGGCGAAACGUGCGUGGCACUACUUUUUUAAAAAUACAUAUUUUUUCCGGGUGGGGCGUCGGUUGUCGAGAAACAAUAUGGCCGACGUGCCACGUGGCCUCGAAGAGCUCCACGUGGCCCUGGGGAGUCGCUCGUACCACGUGAUCUUAUCGUUUUUUACAGGUGACAAAAUGUUCGCCUUUUGGCAUAGUCCUCUGGUCUAACAAUGCUUGAGACUAGGCUCUAAAGAAAGCUGUCUCUGGUGUUGACCAAUCGGAUUCAAAGACAAUGCAUAAUAUACUACCAGAGCAUGUUUUUUAUUUUGCAUUUUCACCACAAGUACUGUGUGAUUAAUGCAGACAUGAUUCCUUGCAAAAGAUUUCUAUUUUAUUGCCAGAAAGGUAAAACCUAUUCUUAAAUUCUGAUAACAAAAUGUAUAUUUCACUGAAUGCGCAUGUGACACGGUCACGUGCUAAAGAACCAAUCGCGUGAUUUCUGGAGCCACGAUUCUGUUUUUAAAAAUCCCGCACCCUAUAUACAGUCCCAAUACAUUGUGUUAAUGUACGUGACAGUAGGAACGCUGGUUUUAAAUGCUUUCGGGAUGAUAUUGGCAGUAUAAAAUCGAAUAAUACUGAGAAUCAUUAAAAUGUUAUAUUUGUUUUUUUCAUAAUGGUUAGAGGUGGGCAUGAAAAGUGAGUUCAAAUGAAACUACAAACCAUUGGCUUCAUGCGUGGAACAAUGGCAGGCAUAACCUGUAGCAAAACAUAGUUUGUCUCUCGACAUUCAUCGCAAAACUGUAUAAAAGUACAGCAGAUACACAUAUAUUGGUUUGCUGUUGUUCCACAUCCCACCUGACCACGAAGGGUCGUUUCAUCAGUCGUCAUUGCUCUGUCGGGCAAUGAUGCUAUUAACGACACAUUGUAUAUUUUAUAAGCGAUCUAACCCCCCCAAAAAACCCUCUAUUAUGGAUAACAUCGCAACUACUACUUAAUAUGCGUUAAACCAUCAUUGUAACGUUCAUUUGAAUGGAUUCAUUGUAAAUAUAAAACAAAUAUCUAAAUCUGCGGCAAUGUUUUUAAACCAGAGACUUGGAAUGUCGGCACGGUCUGCAUUACGCUAAUUUAGGACGCAAAGGUAAACGAAUCAGGACUUUUAUCUGAGCGUACGUUUUUCUAUUUUUUGUGCCCGUGUAAAAAUGUGUAAUGUGUAUAAAUAUAUAUUUUUUACGUGCGUGUUCAAAUCAAAUAAAGGAGUUCAAAUGCGA